CAGACAGAGCAGCGCGAGCCGCUUCUGAGCACACACACUCCUGACCACGCGCACACACACACACAUAAAUAUUCGUACACACACGCACGCCCGCAGGCGCGCAAACACGCACGGGUGUCGAUACGCACAGGACGCACAACUUUCUGCGCUGGAGCUUCUCUGACACGCGCGCGUGCACAGAGAGAGAGAUACACACCUCGCUUUUGCAGGAGACGGGACACACACACACUUACGCGCUCACUGUGGAAGAGCGAGAGAGGAGUCAGAGGAGCGCGCGCGCGAGAGGGAGAGAGAGCAUCUAAGCUGUGCUAUAACCUCAGUGAAGGCGGUCUGAGACACUUGGUCUGGAGGAAGAAGACGUUUCUGCAGGAUUAGUAGAUGGCCAACAUUGUGACGUCGGUGUGCUGUGUGGUGCUCGCCGUGGUGGUGGUGGUGUAUGCCCAGAGACGCAGCCAGCAAGGGGCCAGGAUCCAGUAUGCUCGGAUCGGCAGCGACGUGACCAUGCAGUGCGGCUCUCUGGACAACGACGCCUCGGUCAUGUGGAAGGUGAACGGCACGGACGUGAAGGCUCGGCGGCGGGAGGAAGGGCCGCGGCUCACCCUCAUCGAGGUGGACAUGACCAGCAACGGCCUCUACAGCUGCUUCCAGAACCCUGACGACUUCCAGCGCCGUGACCAGAUCACACUUCGGGUUGGAGUACCUCCGAGGGAACCGCAGGUGACAUGCCGAUCCAACACGUACCCCAAGGGCUUCUACUGCAGUUGGCACCUUCCGCAUGCCACCUACAUCCCCACAGAGUUCGAAGUCGACGUCCGACACAACCAGAAGCCUCUGGAAGUGAAGCGAGAUGAGGUCCAUAAGAACCGCUGCCACGUGAAGUUUCCAGAACUGUUCUCCAGUUUUCCCUACCGAGUCAACGUAACAGCAAUCAACGCACUGGGCAGUGCAUCUGCAGACCACAGCUUUGAGGAGUCCUCCAUGGUGAAACCAGACCCUCCAGAGAAGGUAGUGGCCACGCCCAUCCCCAACAACGUCCGGCGGCUGGUGGUGACCUGGAACAGCCCCUCCACAUGGCCGGACAUCGACUCCUUCCCCCUCAAGUACUUUCUGCGCUACAGGCCGCUCAUCAAAGACCAGUGGCAACAUGUGGAGCUUUCGGACAGCACCUCCCACACCAUAACAGACGCUUAUGUGGGGAAGGAGUACAUCAUCCAGCUGGCUGCCAAGGACAUGGAGAUCGGUACAUGGAGCGACUGGAGCGUGGCCGUGCAUGCUACCCCCUGGACAGAGGAGCCCAAGCCCAUCACCUCCACCACUGAAGCAGACGUGCUAAUAGAGACCACCCCCUCCUCUGCCCCGCCCUCAUUCAAGCCAAGGGUUGGCAACCCCACAGGUGGAUGCUCCACCCUUAUCUGCUCAUACCAUAUCCUCCUGGUGUGCACCCUGAUGUCCAUCAUGUGAUGUUUAUGAUUCAUUCCUGUGGAAAAGUCUUCUAGUUCUAUUUUGCACAUGUUAAUGGAUAUCGUGCAUUGAUAAUUUAAUUCAAGUUUUUUUCUCACGACAAGAAAAAAAUAGGAACGAUUAAUAAAUAAAUGAUGCCGUUUUGCGGAGGAAGGAACGUUUUUAAAAAAGACAAAAUAAAUACGAGAAGAAGAAGGAGAAGAAGAAGAACAGCAAGAAACGAAUGAUAGAGCUUCAAAACAUCAUCUCGGGCAGCGUGGAUGAAGGUGAAGGUGGAGGUGGAGUUAUUAGCGCAGGCACGGGAGAGCGGCGUACCCCGGGGAAGGAAAAGAUAUGGAAAUGAAUUAAUAGACUCCAAAUAAAGCAUCUGUUUCACAGCAAAGCAGCACAACACCCAGAACCAACCAACCAACCAAUGAUCCACCCAUCCAUCCAUUCUCCCCUAUUUCCAUUGGAAAUUAAAUUUUACAUUUUUGAUUUUUCCUUUUUUUGAAGCAAAUAAAUAAGAUUUUUUCCCCUUUUUCCUUAUUUUGGGGUAUUUUCUGGAAUCUUUCACACAACCAUCAAAUACAAGUACAUGUACCAACACACUGGAGAUGCUCAAACAAGUCAAGAAAGUGUGUACUAUCAAUAUAUCAUCAAUUUCAGCAACAUACAGCUAACUCAUCAUGCCAAAGACUCUUGGAGAACUCUCUUUUUUCCUCCCCCCCCUCAUCCCUCGCUUCCCCCUCGGUCUGUUGUUAUGCUGUAUGCGCGUGGCGUCUGGACAGCCGCAGUGCAGAGAUCUCCAUCCACGGACCUCCAAACAGGAGCUUCAUAGACUGAGGACUUCAUAACUAACGUAGAAUGAAGGUCAUCGUUCUUCAGAUUAUACGAUUCGAUACGAUUCAAUUCGAUUAUGAGCUUUUGCUUUGUUCUUCCACAUUUACAGUACCUUUCUUUCACUUUUUAAGAUUGUUUUAUUCUCCUGUUUGACCCGUGACAUCGAACAGACCUUCAAAAGACGUUAACAAACAAACCAACCAACCAAUCAACACACACACACAAAUACACACAAACACACACAUACACACACUUUCCCUCGCACACAUGAACAAAAAUGUAAUGUACUGGACUGCCUUUUUACAUGGAAAAAGUAAAAGAAAAAAAGGAGUGGAGUAAAGUGGAGAUAAUGAAUUGUAUUAGAUCAUUUCUCUUGUUUUUUUCUCUCUUUCUUACACAUACGUUGUUCUAAGUUGUUCUAAGUUGUUCUAAGUGGCAUAGAACCUCUUUUCUCUCACUCUUACCCAAAUCAAAAAAAGUUUUCUGCUUUAUGUUCUUGGUUUAUGUUCGAUUAUAAAUGUAAUAUCCGACGCCGCAUUUUUGUUUUCUUUACUCAAGAAUUAUUUUGUUGUGAUUUAAUGUUUUUUGUUCUUUUUUUUUGUUUGUUUAAUAUUAAACAAUAUCCAUAUAGCAUCUUUAGUUUCUUUUCUCAAACAUUCACAUUUGCUUAAUUGCGUAAUUCUCCACGAUCAUAUUUUGUAAACUACGAUAUGUAUCUUUAACAUGGACAAAAAAAAUACUUUAUUAUUUAAUAAUGUAUGUAUUAGCUUUAGAUUCUUGUAACCUGUAUCUGGGUUCUUUUUAUAGAUGUAUAUAAAAACGAGAGGUUGUUCAUUAAAUGUGACCAUUUCACAAUGA